AUGGACUCCAAGCAUCCAGCAGAUAAAUUGACGCCAUGUCGAUCUGACCAACCCGAGGUCGAAGAAGGCACGAUCACCGUCAACACGUCCGGCCACACACAAGAACUCGAACGCAACUUCAACAUAAUCAGCUGUUGUGCUGUAGGAAUCGUGACCGGCAACACAUGGUGCGCUCUCGGCGGUUCCAUUGUAGUAGCACUGUACAAUGGAGGACCUACUGGCGUGCUUUUCGAAUUCCUUGUGGUUAGCGUAUUCUACUGGAUGGUGGCAUGUUGCAUUGCAGAGCUAGCAUCCAGCAUGCCGUCCUCAGCUGGUGUCUACCAUUGGGCCACUGCCACCUCAGGACCCAAAUACUCGAAGUUCCUUGGCUUCCUAGCAGGCUGGUGGAAUGUCCUGGCCUGGAUCUUUGGAUCCGCGUCGAUGUCGUCGAUAUUGGCAAACGAGGUCCUAGCCAUGUGGGGGUUAUUCCAUCCUGAAUAUGUCGCUGAACGCUGGCAUGUCUUCAUCUGCUACAUCAUCAUCUCGUGGUCAUGCUGCGGUGUCGUCCUGUUCGCCAACAGAGCUUUGCCCAUGAUCAACAAUAUUGGCUUGUUCCUCUGCCUCGGUGGCUGCUUUCUCACAAUCCUGGUCUGUGCCAUAAUGCCUACCACGACUGGCGCAGGCCAUGCCACCACGGCGGCUGUCUGGUCAACCUGGUCGAACAAUACUGGCUACAAAUCCAAUGGUCUUGUCUUCAUCACAGGAAUGCUCAAUGGAGCUUUCUCCGUGGGUACCCCAGACUGCGUGUCACAUCUUGCAGAAGAGAUUCCACGCGCCUCUCGCAAUGUGCCUAAGGCCAUCGCUGCACAGAUGGGAGUCGGCUUCAUCACCGGAUUUGCAUACCUCAUAGCCAUUUUCUACAGCAUCAACGACAUUGAUGCCUUGAUGAAUAACCCUUACACCAAUCCCUUGGCCGAGCUUUAUAGACAAGCCACUGGGUCGAAGGCCGGAUCAUGCGGUUUACUGAUCGUGGUGUUUUUGCCUACAGUGGCGAAUGCGAUCGGGACACCGUGCCACUCCCUUCUCGGAUACACUUGGAAAAAUCUCUCCCCGCUGGGAGAAUCCUUUGCAGCGACUGUUGCCUGUCUCAUCAUCACUACUGUACUUGGUUUCAUCUAUCUCGGCAGCGCGGUGGCUUUUAAUGCCUUCGUAGGAUCAUUCAUUAUUCUCUCGUCAGCUUCUUACCUGGCCGCCAUUCUCCCUCAUCUGCUAAGCAGACGCAAGAAUAUCGAAUUCGGACCAUUCAGGAUGCCGGAUAAGGUUGCUGCGAUUCUCAUGCCAAUCGCAUGUGCCUAUAUCGCAUGUUUCAUUGUCAUCUUCUGCUUCCCUUACUCAAUGCCUGUAUCCGCCGAAACGAUGAAUUACUCGUCUGCUAUCACUGGUGGGCUUACAUUGAUCAUCACUCUGUUCUACCCAUGGCAAUGCAGAAAUGGCUUCCGGAGCCCUGUCGAGGUUGUGAGAAGCAAUUCUAUGGCCAAUGUCGUUAAGGAUGAUCAAGAGUGA